AUGGCGCCAUCUACCAUUUUCUCAUUGGCCCUGGCCGUUGCUGGCGUUCUCGCGACUCCCCAACCGGCCAGAUUAGACUACCGUACUAUCAACCCGGCCGAGCCGGCCGUGUUCGGCAUGUAUUCGAAGGGAGCCGAAGGCAACGGCAGCAGCAUCCCCGCACACGUCGACUCGCCGCACUUCCGUAUCUACCUCGGCUCUUCCACCACUGAAGCGCAAGCUACCAAGGCACUGAAGCCCCUCGAGGCCGCAUACGACUGCUUCGUGGGCAAGCUCGGCUUUGUCUCAUCGGGUCUGCACCAAUACGGCACUCCCGAAAAGGGCCCAUACUACAAGACCGAAAUCUACAUGGUCGACACCCUCACCAACGGGCCCGAGUUUGACGGUUAUACGCAAUACGACACCACGACCGGCCGCGCAUGGGUCAAGAUAAAGAACGGCUAUCUCGAACGCCCGUAUCUGUCUGUCCACGAAUACGGCCACGUGCUGCAUUGGCACCAGGGCCUUCGCAACGCCUGGGCACGCAUCCCCAACUGCCAGCCGUGGAACGAGGCCCUGGCCAACUGGGUGGCCGAUGUGUAUCUCACAUCUGGCGACGACGUCUGCGGGCCCUCACGCACCAAAUUCGACGCGCCGGGCGGCGACUCCGUCUACGAGACGUACAAGGUGGUCGGGGAAUCGUACCUAUCCAUCGUCGACGCCACCAGCCGCACCAAGGGCAACCCCUACCAGGCCUGGCCGUUUUUCCAGUACCUCUUCCGCAACCCGGACAACUUCGAGGGCCUCGGGCAGGACGUGGUCCCCGCGAUGCUCCGCGCGACCCCGGACGUGGGCACCGACGAGACGCCACUGCACGUCCUGCAGCGCGUCAUGGGCGAAUCCCGCAAGGUCCAGGAGGUCGUGGCCAAGUACUGGGCGCGCAUGGCCAACGGCGACAUUGGGCACGAGUCCAUCCAAAAGUCCACGCUCGACAACAAGCAGUUCAUGCACAUGUACAACUUUCCAAACCCCCCGCAGGACGGCGCCUACAGGGUCAGCCCGGACCGGGCGCCGCAGUACAUGGGGGCCACCAUGGGCAAGCUCGUCAUGGCGGAGGGGGUGAGACGCGCAGACGUCAACGUGACGGCGGUGAACGCGACCAUGGCCUUCACGGCCAUGUUUGCCGUGCGCGACUCGGCGACGAGCAAGGUGCGGUACCAGACGCUGGAGGGCGGCUCGGGUUCCGUCGACCUCGCGGCGACCGAGGAUGCCACGCUCGUCGUCGUCAACACGCCCGCGACGCUGCUCAAGUACAACGCGGGUAUUCUAAACAUGACCGAGGCGGCCAGGAAGCUCGAUUUCUCCGUCUCCAUGACGGGCGCUACCUUUGCCAAGUUUUAG